AUUAUUAUGGGCUGUGGGCGCCGCCGCCGCCGCUGCCGCCGAGGAGCAAGAUGGAGCUGUCUGCAGUGGGGGAGCGCGUCUUCGCCGCCGAGUCCAUCAUCAAGCGGCGCAUCCGAAAGGGGCGCAUCGAGUACCUGGUGAAAUGGAAAGGCUGGGCCAUCAAGUACAGCACCUGGGAACCCGAGGAGAACAUCCUGGACUCCCGCCUCAUCGCAGCCUUCGAGCAGAAGGAACGAGAGCGUGAGCUGUACGGGCCCAAGAAGAGAGGACCCAAGCCCAAAACUUUUCUCCUGAAGGCUCGGGCCCAAGCGGAGGCCCUCCACAUUGGGGAUGUACACUUUUCUGUCAAGCCGGGUUCCAGCACCUCCUCUCCCAAGCUCCACUCCAGCGCCGCGGUGCACCGGCUCAAGAAAGACAUCCGGCGAUGCCACCGCAUGUCCCGGCGCCCCUUGCCCCGCCCGGACCCCCAGAAUGGUGGCAGCAUGGGUGGCGGGGCCGGCAUCCGCCCUCCCGUCUCUCCCUUCUCGGAGACCGUCCGCAUCAUCAACCGGAAGGUGAAACCCCGGGAGCCCAAGCGCAGCCGCAUCAUCCUCAACCUCAAGGUCAUUGACAAAGGUGGGAAGCCAGCCAAUGGAGCAGGGGGCCUGGCUCGGCCCAAAAUCCCCUCCCGAAACCGCGUCAUAGGCAAGAGCAAAAAGUUCAGCGAGAGCGUCCUCCGCACCCAGAUCCGCCACAUGAAGUUCGGCGCCUUCUCGCUCUACAAUAAGCCCUCCGCUGCUCCCACCCCAUCUCUGGAGAGCAAAGGGGAGGCUGAAGGCUCCCAGGCAGCCUCCUGUGGGCUCAUUAUGGGCUCUACCCCCUAUGAUGCCCCCAGCUCCAGCUCCUCUGGCUGCCCGUCGCCUGCUCCCCACUCCUCCUCUGACCCAGAUGAUUCCCCUCCGAAGCUGCUUCCCGAGACCCUCAGCCCAGCCAUCCCUGACUGGCGUGAGUCAGAGGUUCUCGACCUCUCGAUCCCACCCGAGUCGGCUGCCACCAGCAAGCGUUCUCCUCCGGGAGGGUGUGGUGGGGGGCAGACGCCCUCCUUGUCCCUUUCAUCUUCUGACCCGGAGCAGGAGGCCGGCGACUGGCGUCCUGAGAUGUCCCCUUGCUCUAACGUGGUGGUCACGGAUGUCACCAGCAACCUCCUCACUGUCACCAUCAAGGAGUUCUGCAACGCGGAGGAUUUUGAGAAGGUGGCGGCAGGCGGUGGCGGUGGAGGCAGCAAGUGAGCAGCCAGGUUCCCCCGGCUCCAGGGGCACGGGGGGAGCCCUACCUGCGAGAAGUCGUGGUGUGAAUGGCUGUCCUUGGUUCUCUCCUUCUCCUCCCCUUGGCUGUCCCUCUGCCCUCACUGCCACCCUUCCUGCUCCUCUCCCCCUGCCCGCUCCCUCUUGCCUGGAGGCUGGAGUGUCAGUGGGGGGGAGUGGGGGCACCCACAAUUCUGGGUGUCUCUGCCACUGGGAGGAGGCAGGGAGGGUCAUGGUGGGGCUGGAGCUUGGUUGUUUGUCCUUGAAUGUGGUGUUGUCCAACGGGCAGUGGAGCCUUUGGGGAUGAAGGAUGGGUGAGCGUGUGUCUGAUUGCCUGUGGGGGUGGGUGGGGAAGGUCCUCUUCCCCCUCCUUCCCCUCCCAUCUGUGACAAAAGAGGAGCUCCAGACCCUUGAGGGGAGGAUAUAAGAAGACUCGAGCCCUCACCCCCUCCCCCCAAGUCUUGUUCCAUAAUGUGCAUGCAGUCUUCUUCCAUUCCUAUGUUUUCUCUUUGUCAUGACCCCAAUCCUGCCAUCCUUCCUGUUCUUUGCCUGCGGGCUGGAUCUGCUGCCAUCUCUGCUGCCCUCGUGACAGUGGCUGGUCCAGGUGCCCCCAGAGCAAAGGGGAGAGGGGCAGGUGAAGUGUCAUGCCUAGAAGGUGCUUGAGACAAAGCUGGGGUGGUAGGGGUACCCCAUGCAGCAUAUACCCUGUAUUGGCUUCCCCCUUUCCUUUGACUAUUGGUGCUACCUUGGCAGUUGUAUGGGUGCUUUCAGGUGUCCUGGUCCCCUCACUUUUGCAUCUUCCAACUGUCUGAGCUUUUCAGGGGGAAGGGAAGAAAAGGGGAGCCUGCUUCUGGCCCAGAUCUUCCUCCUGGUGUUCAUCACUUGCACUUGCUUGGGGGAGAGGGCAUAAAAUGCCCUCCCUUGGCCUUUCUGUGGUGGAAGUGGGAGUGGGCCAUGCAUUAAUCCUUCAGUUUGGGGGAAGAUAGACUGAUGGCGUGAGGCUGGUCUCCUGUCACACGUAGGCUUCCCCCAACCCUUUUUGUUUCCCCCUGCUCCCUGGAAACAAGGGAGAGAUGGAAGGAUGGAUGCUAAGGUGCAUCAUUUGCUCUUCCGGCUUCCUUUUGUCUCCUGUUCUCCCUUCUCUGUGGUGCAUGACCAGGAAGAGGGUUCACCUCUGUGUUUUCAGCAUCUGAAACAGCCCUUACAACUGUCAACUGAAGGUGCUAAUAAGAAAUAACUGUCUCACAUUGUAUGCAUGUGCACUGGAUCUCUUCCCUCAGAGCUCUUGUGAGUUUCUCUAAAAAUUCCUUCUCUUCCCCCGCUAGCAAGUAGGAGGGAGCAAGACUGCAGCUUGCCCUUCUUUACCCACAGCUCCCUCUUCCCCUGACCACCCUCAUUCACAUCCAAAAUAAGCUCUCUUUCACCUGCCAUGUCUGGCUUGCUCCAUUUCAGACCGGGUCCUGAGCUUGAUGGUGAGAUGCUGUCCUUUGCUCUCCCUUCUCCCCCUACUCACACAGGGCUUGGCCUGUAGGGGCAAGGAAAAAGAGGUGCUGAUCAGUCAGUGGGAGAGCUUCGUCCUGUCAGCCCUGUCUCACAUGUUUGGAAUGGGGCAGAGGGGCGUCACUUCUACUCAUGUGCUGCAGAGGUGAAAAAGGUGGGAAAAAAAAUUCCCCAUACCAGGGCUUAACCUGCUUACCAGCCUGCCCUGGGUGGGUGAACACAAGGGGAAUUGACCCCUCUGGUGCUUCCACAUGAGGAUGCUCAGGAGCUGCUGGCUCUUAGGAGUGCUCUCAUGUGGAGUGGUAAUUCUGUGGUUGCAGUGGUCUGAGGAUAGAAGGGAGGCAGUUUGUGGGAGGGAGGUAAUAUUUGUCUGCCCAAGGGAUGUUGCUGGGGCGGUAGAGGGAUAGACCAGCGUCUGACCUUAAUUAGGGCUUCUGUGCCCAGAGCUUGUCUUUUCCCUGCCUCUAGCUCCUGGUUCAGUGUAAUAAAAUCUUCACUGCCCUCCCCACAAGCCUUGCCUCGCAGCGGGUGGAAUUCAGACCUGUGAGGCACAGUAAGUUCACACCAGUUGCAGCUCGGUUCCUGUGCAGACAGUCUGAGGGGGAUUCCAGGUGCUGUUAGCACCGCCCUUUGCACACCUCUUUCUUUUUCUUUCCUUGAUCAAAGAGCUUAGUGGACUCUUUGGGGAUGCAGCUGCAUUCACAGCUGAAGCUAGGAGCAGGGAGAAAGAGACUCCCCGGUUCUAUUCACCAAGCUAAGGCUUCCUAUAACUUGUUGGACUUGUGUGCGUGUCUGUAUUAAUACCUGCCUGUAUUUUUCGUGUCUCUUUUUUUUUUUUUUUUGCAUCUUCCCUGUGCCUGGCACACCUGAGGAUCCCUUAUUUUAGCGUAGCCUAAGUCUGUUUGACUGCAGCUUCAAAGAUGAGCAGUUUGUAGGCAUAGGGAAACGCUUGCUCCUAGGGAAACAGUGAGGAGAUUUUUCUUUUUUCCUCUCCCUUCUCGACAAGAAGUAUUCUGUGGCUGUGAGAUAAGAGGAGCUUCUUUGUGGGAUGGAUGCAAACUGGCCAGUCACUUUAGGUUGUUGAGUUACUGUUCGGCGUGUAUGUGGUGAUGUGUUUUGUUUUGUGGUAUUGAGGUUCUGAGAAAAAAAAAAAAAAAGCAAAACAGUUGAAGCGUUUAAGUGGGAGAUAAAAGGGAACUUUAAUAGGAAACUCGAUGUGUUUUGGCCAAGGUGUGUGUUUGCUUGGCAGAAUCCUUUCCCCCAGUGUCUCUUGUAUGGUGUUCUUUGAGGGCAGGGGACAGGAAUUGUUUAAUUGAAGGGGUUUUGCCUUUCUCCAGAGUGACAAGCCAAGGGGACUGUCUGUGAAGAGCAAAACAGUGGGUCAUUGUAGGGAUGCUCCGUGAGGACCUUCUUCCUGUGGUGAGGAGAUGAGGGGACUUGUUGCGUCAGAGGAACUCGUGCAGUACCUCCUCUUUGUGGAGGAGGAAAGGAGUAUGAUCUGGCUUGCAGACACAGCUUGUGUGACAAAUCUCUCCCUGGGUGGGUCACCAGGUGAGAACCAAACCCUGAACCUCUGGAUCCAAAAUGAGGAUCCUGUGCUGUCUUGAGUUACAUGUUUGCUAACUUGAACACAGCAGCAGCAGCCUCAGGUGGACAAGCCACUGGAGGCUGACUAACCUACCUUCGUAUGUACGUGGGUUACACUCCUUCUGAAUUUUUGCCCUUGCUCCUUAAUGGAGGUGGGAAAGAAGAUCUGUCCAUGUCCUUUAAAAAGGGCGUGGGACUGAGGGAGGAGUUUAUUUGAAAGUAUCCCCUUCCCUUCCCCCAUAACCCCUAGGAAAAAAAAAAAAAAAGGAAAGCAGAGAAAUAUUCUCUGUGUCUGUGCCAUGUUUGUUCUUGUUGUCGUGUUUUUAGAGGAGAUUUUAUGAUGGAGUGGAAAAAGUGAAAUGAUUAGUUUUGCAUAAAAAAAAGAAAAGUUAAAAAAAAAUUUCUACAGGGAGAGAGCGAGAGAGAGAGAGAGAGAGUUUAAAAAUGAAAAAUAAAUGCAGUGAUUGCACAAACUAGUGGUAUUAGAUGGUCCUUAGAGAAAAGAGUAUUUUGUAGUAUUGAAGCGUGUGUGUCUGGAAUGGUGUUUGGCUUGCUUGAACUGGAGGGAAAGGCAUUCUGGGACUAAGCAGCGAUCUCUGAGCUGAAAAGGCAAGUUGUAUGUUGGAGGAACCCUGUCUACAAACCUUUCCCGUCCUUGCCUCCCAAGUGUUGGAGUGAGUUCCCGUGCCUCCCAUACCUUUCCUGUGAGCUAAGGCGAAGUCUCCAAGUGGUUUUCUGGCCAAAUUGCCCUCAGAAAUGGCCGGUCAUGUUCUGCCAGAACGUAGAUCGAGCCACCAACAUGGAAACAGUUGAGUUACUUUGCAUGCACAGCAAGCUGCUAAGAUUUGGGGUUGGCAUGUACCUUUCCUGACAAGUCACUGUUUCUUCUCUUUUCCCUCCCCCCUAUCCAAGCAGGAUUAAACAUGGUGGGCUUAUCUCCCAGGAAGCAGAUAUGCCUCCCCUCCUUAGGGUCUCUUAGCUUCUUCCAGCAUCAGGUGCAGAGUGGCAUUUUUCCAUAGGGGAUUCACCACAUCAUGACAGAGAACCAAGUCCCAUCUGUAUGUAUGCCCCACCUUUGACAGUAGCUGGAUCUUCAGAGGCAGAUGUGAGAGCUGCCCUGUGUACUCUGAAGGUGUUUCCAAGUGAGGCAUACCCUCUUCUUGAGGCCAGCAAAUGCUGGAGGUUUUGGGGUGGGGAGAGGGACACCCUGACAGCACUGUGCUCGAGUAGGGCUGCCAUCUUAUGCUCUGGCUUCCAAGGGAUUGAUGGGGAGAAUUGUCCUAACAUUUCUUCGAAGUGAGGAGGCAGCUCUUGUGUGCUGGCUUCCUCAUCCAAGAUGUUUCUGCUGGGCCUUCAUCUGGUGUGUGGGAGCAAUUGCAGGGAAGAGAGAAGCCACCAGAUGUUGAUGUCUGAACAGAAGGUGGCAGACAGGGGAUACUAUGACAGCUUUUCUUGUCUGGACUUCUCUGUUGCCCUUCACUUUGCAAUGGCAGGUGUUGGAUGUCUAGAUGUCUCCAAUAGCCUGGGCUGCUCUUGGGAACUUCUCCUCUUCUCUGCCCAUCACGUUCUGUCAGUGCUUCCCGUGGUCUUCAGCUUGGAGCGUCAGCCUCCUGUCUGAUGCUCUCUUUUCCCCUGGCUGAGCAGAGCAGGACUGGGGAGGCGUGAAGCUAAUUGGAUGGAAGCUCCUUUUGAGGAAAACAGAGAAUUAGGAUGUGGUGAGCUGGCCCAGCUGUGGUGAGCCACUGCUUCAUUUCUGUUUCCGAAAAGAGAAAGGGAGCAUUUCUCCAUAUCUCCUCGUACUCAAGUUCCCAGGGAGAUUUUAUGAAAUAAACAAAAAAAUAAAACCCAGUCCUGCUUUUUACCAAGUAGGAGCUGUUUCUGAGCUGAGUCUUCCUAGGGAUUUCACUCCCUUUCCCAGCCCCUCGUUGUAGGGGAGGUUUUGGCAGCUCCCAGGUCACCUUUCUGAGAACCUCCUGGCAGAAAGACAUUGCUGUGCUGGAGGAUGAUGUCCUGAGUCCCCCCAUGCUUCUGCCCACUCCAGGUCAGGGCAUUAGUGGGGCUGCUUGGGAGCAGGUCCUUCUUCCCAGGGAGUUGUAACAAACCUGGAGUGCGUGUCUGGCUAAGUGCUUGUUUUCCCCUCUCACCUUCUUCCCCCACCUUCCAACAAGACCUUUUCCUCCUUGCCUGGUGAAUCCUUUUACUCCAAUGUCGCUUGCUUUUGCUGCAUUUUUCAAUUGCCCAAUAAUCGUGCAAGAGCUGGGAUCUUAUUUACUUUUUAUACAUAAAUAUAUAAAUAUAAAAGAAACCCUCCACUCUUUCCCCCUGUCUCACCCACCACUCUGCACGCAGCUUUCCCCAUCUCCACUCUGUAGGCUGUGUGCUCUAAGAGGGUUGAUUUGGGGCCAGGGAUUCGGUGCCUCCUGGGUUCUGUUCCUCCUUGGUUUGCCGUGGCCUUUCUGCCAGCUGUGUCACUGCCCUGUGCCUCAGUCUCCCUCAUGUGAAGGGGGUGGUGGGUGGAGGGGACCAUCCUGCUGAGGGUGCUGGCAGCCCAACUCCCGCGGCGUUUGCACAGAGCUAGAGGAGUGCUGAGUAUUGCUUCAGAAACCCCCCUCUCCCUGUCUGUGUUUCCUUCCCUAGGCAACUCCAGCAAGUGUCUUCAUUUCAUCAAUGCUUUGGGGUUGAGCAAAUAAGUGGCUUUAUUUUCCUUUCUUCUGUUUUUUUUUUUAGGUCCCUCCCUAGAGCACAAUGUAUAUGGUUUCUUUUUAGGGGUGUAGAUGGGAGGAGAUGUUGGAGUCUUAUCUCCGUCCUCACCUUUGCCCUUCUGUUCUCCACUUCUCUCCCCUUUUGAUGUUGUCCUGUGUCAGACUGAUGUGUCUGGUGGGGUUUACACCCCUUGCCAGUGCAGGGUCAGCAGCCUUGGCACGGGCAGCUUCAUGUGUGUUCCAUGUGGUGCAUCUGAAGUGCCCUGCAUCCCACCUGCCUCGGCUGGAAGGAUGUCACAGGACUCCCAAGUUCUUCUUUUCCCCUUUCCUUUAAGUUUCUCCUUCCAGGAAUGAAGGGAGGAGCAGUCAGUUUGCCCUUCCCAUGGUGGUCUGCUACCUCUGGCUGCUCUCCUGUUCUUCCAUCUUCCGCACAGUGGGAAACAAAAUGUCUGCAGGGCAGUCAUUAAGCACAGUCCUUAGGCUGAAAGUCAUUCCACCUUGGAUGAGCAGUGUGCUUUUGAGCCCUCUCCUUCCAGACACCAACCCCAGAGUGCCAUCAGAGACCGUGCUGGGGAUGGAGGAGUGGGGAUACUCCCUGUACUCCAGGGUUGAGCGGAGCAGGGAAGUGGGCAAUGAGCACGGUCCUGCAGGGUGGGGAAGGAGGAAGGUGACAGAAGAGCAGUGAGAUGCAGUCAGGGUGAUGCCAGCUUCAGCAGUGGCUCAGAAAAUAUAACCAGUGGGGGAGGGAAGGGGAUCAUGGUCAGGACAAGUGUUAAUUCCCAUUGCAGGGCCCUGGUUCUUGACUUGGUUCCUUGUUACGCUGAGCACUUAGAGCUUGCACUAAACCGCAGGAGUGUGGCUGAGUGCAUCGAAGCACUUUGUAGGGCUUCGGGGCCUCGUAGGAGUAGGGGAGCCCUUCUGUGCUCCCGAGCAGCCCCCCAGGCUGUGCCUUGCUCUUCGGGGGUGCUGAAGGUUUCCUUCUGGGCAGAGCAGCAGGUAGGUGCUCUUAUGCUUGUAGGUUGCUCUUUAGUGGUCCUGGAGGGGCCCUGCUGCUUCCAACCCCCUGACUGCAAAGGGGGAUGUAGUCUUAGGUCAAGUUCUCAAAUGGAACGAAAAAAGAAUAAGUCAUUGUGAUGACUUUUUUUUUUUUUUUUUUUUUUUUAGAAAAGAGUUUGUCAUCCUCAUGUCAAAUGCUGUCCUCUCUUCCUUUUCUCCUCUCCCCUGCCAUUAAGCCUUGUACUCUCCUUAAGAAUAGAGGACUCUCUAUUUCAGGAUAUUUUUUCCCCCUGUUUUGCCUUUUGAAUAGAAAGUUGUUUUCAAGUGGUGGUGGAGGACAGGGGCCCUGCCUCUUCUGUUUCUUCCUUUCACCUUCCCCAGAGCCAAGCUUAGGCUCAAAUUCUGCAGAUUCCUGCAAAUACUGAACUUCGAGCAGGCAAGUUAUCCCACUAAGCUCUGUGGUACUUGGGUGCUUCAGAUUCUGCCUGUGCUUGAGUUUUGGCAGCAUCAGAGCCUUAUCCUUUCUCUUAGAGAAGGUCAGACCUAACUCCUAGAGUGAUGGUGGUUCUGGUGCAACCCAUCUGUUUCUUUAUUUCCCCUCACUUGGCAUACAAAGUGAAGGUGGUAUUUUUUUUUAAUUUAAAAUAAACCUAAAUAUGUAUCUUGUAAUUUUUUUUUAUUUUGAAAAAAAUGCAUUUAAGGAUUGUGCACGGAUGAAUUGUAUAUCUAUAUAUUUUUUGGUCUUGCAAUUUUCAUUUUAAAUAUAGUGUUUGUUCAGUUUUGUUUUGUUUUAAUCCAGUUCCCAGCUGGCUAAACUCUGUCUAGAGCGGAUGGGUGGGAGGUGUAGCCACUGGAGGGGUGAUUGAAUCACCCCUUCCUCUGGCGCUUCCCACAAGAAAAUGGUUUGCUCCAGGUUUGGGGGUGGGGGUUGUGCUAAUUACUCUUGUAUUCUUGUACAUUUUGUUCUUUCUGCUGCUCUUGAAUAUUGUAUCAAUGCCAGAAAUGGGGAGUUAAAAAUUAUAAAAAAAAAAAAAAAAAAAAAAUUUAAAAAAUUAACCCCAAUAAAUUGUUACAUUCCAAAA